CUCAGGGCGGUGUGUGUAGGGUUCCGCUUUGGCUCAUUGGCACUGCCGUGGAAUCCGGCUUUCGAGAACGCCGCCCUCCCAUCUCACCCCGCUCCCGAGAGACGUAAACGACCACGCGACCAACGCCAGCUAAACCUAAAAGUGUGUGUAGGGUUCCGCUUUGGCUCAUUGGCACUGCCGUGGAAUCCGGCUUUCGAGAACGCCGCCCUCCCAUCUCACCCCGCUCCCGAGAGACGUAAACGACCACGCGACCAACGCCAGCUAAACCUAAAAGCGCUCCAGCUACUCGGCGAGCUCACGCACGCGCUGUAGGGAGGAGGACGUCAGUUCCGUUACGGCAAAAGCAAGCGCCGGAAAUGGUUCCUUCUUACUAACGGGCUUGGGUCUGGUGUAGGGUGUAUAGCCGCUUGGUCGAGUGGUUCUUGUUGAAAAGGCAGGCUGGCACCAUGGUGGAGGAAGUGCAGAAGCACUCCGUGCACACCCUUGUGUUCAGGUCUUUGAAGAGAACUCAUGACAUGUUUGUGGCUGACAAUGCAAAGCCAAUAUCUUUGGAUGAAAGGAGCCACAAAGUGAAGAUGACAGUUAAACUACGUACAGAGUAUGCUUCUGUGCUUCACAUGCCUGUAUUGAAAGAAAAUGCUCGAGAGAAGGGUUCUCAUGGUGUAAUUGAUUCAUAUGAACACAAGCAGUAUCUUCAAAAUCAAGGAGAAGAUAAUGAAUAUUUGAUAACAGGAACACAUCCAUAUCCCCCUGGACCUGGAGUGGCUUUGACUGCAGACACUAAAAUUCAGAGGAUGCCUAGUGAAUCAGCAGCUCAGUCGUUAGCUGUGGUGCUGCCACCUUCUCAAUCCAAAAUAGAUUCGAAUCGAACUGCUGCUGGUGUAGGUGAUAUAUACAGACAUGCUGGGAUUCCCGAACGUUCACAGCCUCCUGGUUUGACCAUGGCUAUGAUGGAAGCUGGUGGGAACAAAAAUUCUGCAUUAAUGGCGAAGAAGGCUCCAACAAUGCCAAAACCACAAUGGCAUCCCCCAUGGAAGCUGUACAGAGUUAUCAGUGGACACUUGGGCUGGGUGAGAUGUAUUGCAGUCGAACCAGGAAAUCAGUGGUUUGUUACUGGCUCUGCUGACAGAACUAUAAAGAUCUGGGACCUUGCUAGUGGCAAACUGAAACUGUCUUUGACAGGACAUAUUAGUACAGUUCGAGGUGUAAUAGUGAGUGCAAGGAGUCCAUAUCUCUUCUCUUGUGGAGAAGAUAAACAGGUGAAAUGUUGGGAUCUUGAAUAUAAUAAGGUUAUUAGGCAUUACCAUGGUCACUUAAGUGCUGUGUAUGGCUUGGAUUUGCACCCAACAAUAGAUGUGCUUGUAACAUGUAGUAGAGAUUCAACAGCACGUAUUUGGGAUGUGAGGACAAAAGCUAGUGUGCACACAUUGAUAGGACACACAAAUGCGGUGGCAACAGUGAAGUGCCAAGCAGCAGAACCACAGAUUAUCACAGGAAGUCAUGAUACUACUAUACGACUCUGGGACUUAGUGGCAGGAAAAACACGGGCCACUUUAACAAAUCACAAGAAAUCAGUACGAGCAGUAGUACUGCAUCCAAGACAGUACACAUUUGCAUCUGGAUCCCCAGAUAACAUUAAACAGUGGAAAUUUCCUGAUGGAAACUUUAUUCAAAAUCUUUCUGGUCAUAGUGCUAUUAUCAAUACACUAGCUGUGAAUUCAGAUGGAGUUCUGGUUUCUGGAGCUGACAAUGGCACAAUGCAUCUUUGGGAUUGGAGAACUGGGUAUAACUUCCAGAGGGUGCAUGCAGCUGUACAGCCUGGCUCAUUGGACAGUGAAUCUGGAAUAUUUGCUUGUGCAUUUGAUAUGUCUGAAAGCAGACUGCUUACUGCUGAAGCUGAUAAAACUAUUAAAGUCUACAGAGAAGAUGAUACAGCGACUGAAGAAACUCAUCCUGUCAGCUGGAAACCAGAAAUCAUCAAGAGAAAACGAUUUUAAUGAGAAUCUACCUGAAUAGCUGUGCCAUAAUCCUAACUCUGAUGACAAAGCCUGAACUCUGCUAAAGUCAUUGCUUUGUUUAGUUUGCAUUUUUUAUAUUAUAUAUGGCUUCCCCCUUGGACUUUAUCCUCUCUCUGAUCCCAGGGAAUCAGCUGAAGCUGUUAUACACAUCUGAAGAAGUGAAAGUUUGUUUAAUAAAAUGGUAAUGUGCUGAUGAUCUGUAUGCAUGUCAUUCUGUGUGGGCAGAAAGUAAUAUGAAUCUCUUCUGCUCUUUUCUUGUAUUCUCUUUCCCUCCUUUGAUGGAAAAGUAUAUAUUUAAUUUUGAAGAAGUCCUUCCACCUCCUGCUUAAGAAAAAGCCUCUUCUAUUUGGUACUUUAUCCUAGAACACCAAAUAGUAAAACUGUCAAGGAGGGGGAAAAGCCACUGUAGUAAUGAUUUAUGUCCUUAAUACAAUGUGCUAUUUUGUUGAGCUGUAAUGCAAUAAAAGAUAAAUUUCUUUUCCAGUUUGUUUUUAGGCUUUAACAACUAAAAUACCGAACUAAACUGUGCUGUUAUGUUGUGUGUGUGUGUGGUUCUGUUUUAAGUCAUGGUUUUAGUUUUGCCCAUCUCAUACCUGAAUUUUGUUUAAAAUUUUACUCUUAAAACAUUUUCCGAUGUGUGUCUUUCCGUUUUUUCCAUUCUCCAUUAGCAAACUGUUUAAAAUGCCAGUAUGACAUUCCACAAAAGAGGUAGAAUAGCAACUCUGAAAUGACACAUGCUUUUUGGAUGGAAUCAAAAUAGCCUUGUGAGCAAGUGGGAAAUGCUUCCGCAUAUGAUGGGAUGGGUUACCAGUUUUGCUUUCUGACUGCAGUACUUCACAUGGCAUUGAAUUCUGCUCUGGUGGGUCCUGUGACUUUCAGGUACAAUUUUUCAGAGAGUGUGAGGGGCAUUUGAAAUAACUUGCUAGAAAAGCCACUGUGUGCUAAGAAUUCCUUUGGAUUGUGCCAACAACUUGGAGAGCAUUCCCAAGAUGCACAGAAACUCGUACGUUGCCAUUUAAUUGCUCUGUUUCCAUUCUUACACAAGGUUUUAUAAAACAUGGGUUGGAUAUCUUGUAGCACCUUCACUCAUGUUGUUCUAAUAGCACCAAUAAGACCAUAUAUUAGAUACCUAUCUACAUAGAAAUUUAAUAUUGCCAGUGAUAUAUUUAGUUUGUCAUAUCGAUUGCUAUCCACCUAAUUCCGUAAAAUCUCCAAAACGAGGGAUGAGUAUGUUGUCAUUAAUUUAUGCAGGAACUGUACAUUUUGGAGACAUGUUUAAUUGCAGAUAAGAUGUACUGCAGAUAUGUGCUAAUGUAAUUAUGCUGUAGGUUUUUUAAAAAAGCUUUGACCUCUUGAAAUAGCUUUAAUGUUUCCUUGAUAAUCUGACUAAUGGUGUAUGUGCUAAUCUUAAACACACUGAAGCUGUGGUCCAAAGCAUGAAUACGUAGAGGUAACUUAUGGAGACUUAAUUCCAAAUAGACAUGUUUAGGAUUUGGGGUACAAUUCUCAUUGAAACAAAUGGGAUUGCUCUGCAUCUGUAGGGGCUAUAAUUCUAAAAACAGCUCAUUUAGUAGGUCUCUUCUGUAUGCACUCGAUAUUGUCUGCUCAUGGAAGGAACGAUCUGACAGCUCACGUUAGUAUUGUAUGAGAGAGAAUGGAAUUAAAAUACAUUUUACUGCUUGUAGAAGCAUACAAUCUGCUAUAGAAGCUACCUAUUUUAUCGUUCUCAUGCAACCUGUUGUACAAAGAUUUGCAAAACAGUGCUAAAGGCUGUUUUCAUUAGGUUCACAGUUCUUCAGAUCCAACCCAAUGUAGCUUUACUUAGGAAACAAUUGCUUGUAAUAUAUUGAGCGAUUGGAUACUAAUCUUUUAACUAAUAUUGGUUGCAUUCCAGCUGGAAAGACUAUAGUUUGUUGAUUGCCAUUUGGCUGGUGUACUUGGUAUCAAAUCAAUUUAUGGUAGGGUUUCAGAAAGUAACUAUAUUUUACAUACUGUUGGGACUCUGCUUCAGAACUAUUAGCCUGAGCCUGUACUUGGAGCAAAGUCAAAAUCUUUGUUCUGUGCAAGCAGAAGCCCCCAAGCGCGUGUGUAUGUGCACACACACAUUUUUUUAAGCACUCUGCUGGGCGUAAUUCUGCUCUCCUGGUAGGGAGAAUUUGAGGAGUCAAUUUAGGACUGAGACUGAUAAAUAUGGUGGCCUGGAAACCUAAAUCGCUCGGAAGGCAUGGAUUUCUAGUUUGUAGCUGCUUGGCUUUCCCAAGAGGCUUGCUAAACAAGUCACAGCAGUCAUUUAGCCUGCAACUGACCAACAAACAUUACCAGUGAUUGAGACACUAAAAAGCCAGAAAAGUCCAGACCAGGAACUCACUGCUGAUCGUAACUGCAAGCUGGUUGCUUGUGCCAAUGUAAAAAUGUACCAGUUCUUUGAAAUACUUUUAAUUAAGAAGUCUUACAGAUAUGUUGUGAAAGGUCAGCUGCACAAUUAUGACAUUUAAUAGAACAAUAUCAUUUGUUAGGAUCAGAUUGAGAGUCAUAAUGAUGAAGGCCUCAUUUCAGAGAGAAAUCUGCACUGCCAACACAGCAGUUUAUAGAGUUAGUCAAUUGUUGUGUUUAGGGUGAUGGGACAGGACUCUGGGACAUGGAAAAUAGUUUUGAGUUACACUGAGUAAUAGUCAUACUUAAGUAAACCUACUAAAAUCAAAUUAAGUCAAUUGAUUUCAGUGGGUUUAUUCUGAUUAUGACUUGGUUAGAAAUAGCAGCUUGUAACAGAACUACCUUUGCAACCAUUACUGAAUGAAUGAUGUCUUGUAGGUGUGUAAUAGAAGAGCUAUUGCCAUUUACAAAUUCAGCCUAGAACAGUUUGGAAAGAAUAUGAGGUGUAAAAAUCUUGGGCGGACGUGCUGUACCAUAAAUUGUCCUUCAGACUGAAAACAAUUUUUUUAACCAAACUAAUAUUAAAACAAGCUUCAUAUGGUUAGACCUACUGACACAAGGAGUACAUUCAAUAUUACAAGUAUGUCCACACAUUUCAUGAAGUUUAGAAGCAGAAAAGCUCUUUGUCCUUGCCACAUUAUGUAUAGGAAAAAUGCAACUAAUAUUCCUAUAUAGUUAAAUAAUGUUAUAACUGCUGUCAGUAGUAGCUUUCACAAGGAACUAAGUGGUUCAAAUGUAGGCCUGAGGGAGAAAGGACAGCACAGAUGCUAGAGAGCAGUUUUUAUUUAUUUGGAUCUUUAAUUAGUAUUUUCAUUACUUAGUUAUAUUUACAUUCACACUGUGAAAUGUGAUGAUUAGAACAAUGAUUUUCCCCCAUAGUAGUUUGACACCAUGGCUAGGAGAGUCAUGCCUGCUAGGUAAAGAUGUCCCUAGAAAUAUGAAGGAUUAUGGCUGCAAUCCUAAGCACACUUAACAAGGAAGGAAGCGCCAUUAGACACAGUGGAACUUCCUUACAUUUGCAUAGGAUGGAGCUGUAAAGCGAAGGGAUCACCGAACCAGUGUCAAACAAGUGGUGGAACAGGAAAACGCAGUUGGCUUUAGUAAACUAUGAAUCUUGCCCAUGUUGGUACUUAGCAAUUUAUUUCAGAUCAUGUGUGUGGAGGACAUCUUUGAUGCUUUUUUCUUAAUGAUGGAAGCUUAGAAACCAAGAAGACUCCAUGUUACUUGAGAGUCAGAUCCUGUUCAGAGUGUUUCAAAUUGGAAUUGGAACUCUGAUAACUCCCUUUUUUUUGGUGGAAUGCACUGUUCUGAGUGUGUAAAAUCAUUCCCAUUUGAGUUAAAUGGGGUUUGGGGUUUUAUAUUGUGUAUAACUAGGAAGGAAAUCACUUUUCUUGUAACCUAAUUGCAAGUUUUAUGUGACUGGCUAUGAUGAUAAUUGGUUUGCUGUACAUUAAAGCAUGCACUGCAAAUUAGAGUAAGAAUGUUAUCAUUUGUUAAUGGAAGACUAGGCAACAAAACGUAAGUAUUUUAGAGUUUUAAAUAAAAUAUUGAGUAUUCUUUGCAACUUAUGAAUAAAAUUUUAAUUACAGAA